CACUGGGUGACACUGGGUGACACUGGGAGGCACUGGGAACCGUGUGGAACAUGAACCGCUCGGGGCAGAUGGAGCAGGAGACCCUCAUAGAGAUGUCUGCGGCCACUGACGAUGAUAUUUCUGUUCUGACCGACCUCAAGAGUCCCGACUCGGCAGGGGACGGCGGGAAUGGAGAUUUCUGUGAGAAUAAUUCCCACGCGGACUCCGAGCUCCCGGGAAAUUCCGAGGGGUUAAGCAGCACAGAGAGCUCGUUUCUCAUCACCAACCAUGAAAGGCUAUUACAGGUGACCCGAAAAUGGCAAAAACACCGUCUGUUUCUGAAGCGCCGGCUCAUGAUAGACAAACAUCACCAGAGCAAGGAUUCCGUCUUCUUCAGGGACGGCGUCCGGAGGAUCGACUUUGUUCUCUCGUACAACGAAGACCCCAACAGAGAAGCCGAGAGGAAGAAAUCCGAAAGAAGAAAAGAAUUUGAAUUGAAUUUACUGAAAUCUGGAUUAGAACUGGAGACGGAACACAAAAGGGAAUCGGAGAACGGAAAGAUCUACUUUAUUAAAAUCCACGCGCCGUGGGAGGUUUUAUCCACCUACGCGGAGGUGCUUAAUAUCAAAGUGCCGAUCCAGAAGAACGAUAUGGCGGCCCCGAUGGAGAACCCGCUGGACUGUCUGCUUACGCCGUUCAAGCUCCCCGAUGACAUCAUGUCGCCGGAGCCCGACUACUUCACGGCGCCGUUCAGUAAACAAAAGGAGGAGCUCUUCCUCAUUAACGACCGCAACACCUUCUUCUCCCCGUCCACGCGGAACCGGAUUGUGUAUUACAUCAUCUCUCGCUGCCCGUACGGAACGGAAGAAGGGAAGAAAAAGUUUGGAAUUAAAAGGCUCCUGAACAACGGGACGUACACGGCCGCGUAUCCCCUUCACGAUUGUCAGUAUUGGAAGCGAGCGAGGGACGAGAAGUGUCAGAGCGAGAGGUACACGCUGUACAUGGAGUGGGCCCGGUUCGGCCGCUUCUUCAAGGAGCAGCCACUGGAUCUCAUCAGGAAGUACUACGGAGAGAAGAUUGGCAUUUAUUUUGCAUGGCUGGGUUUUUAUACGGAAAUGCUGUUUUUUGCCGCCAUUGUUGGCUUCCUGUGUUUCCUGUAUGGAUGGAUCACAAUGGACGACAGUGUCAGUAGUGGGGAAAUUUGUGACCCUCAUAUCGGGGGUCAGAUCAUCAUGUGCCCGCUGUGUGACAAGACGUGCCAAUUCUGGAGACUAAACACAACGUGCGAACCGUCGCGGUAUUCCCAUCUGUUUGACAACGUGGCCACCCUCUUCUUUGCAAUAUUUAUGGGGAUUUGGGUUACUCUGUUCCUGGAGUUUUGGAAAAGGAGACAGGCGCGACUGGAGUAUGAGUGGGACCUGGUGGAUUUUGAAGAGGAACAGCAGCAGCUUCAGCUGAGACCGGAGUAUGAGGUGAAGUGCACUCAGAAACGGAAGAAUCCGGUGACCCAGGAAGUUGAGAUGGUUGUAAAGCGAGGUGCUGUAAAUUUCUUUGGGAAACUGUUCUUAUGCUGGAUGUCCAUUGUCUUCUGGGAAAUGGAGCCUUACUUGCCCGUAACGAGCAAGGCUGCCAGAUUUUGCUUCUCGGGAGCUACGGUGUUAUUCUGGAUCUCCCUAAUUAUUGCCAGUAUGAUUGCCGUCAUAGUUUAUCGUCUGGCGGUCUACGCGGCUUUCGCCAACCUUAUGGAGAACAACGACACCCUGCAGCCCGUCAGCAACCUCCUGACGCCCCAGCUCGCUACGUCGGUGACCGCUUCGUGUCUGAACUUCGUUAUUAUCAUGAUUCUGAACUUCUUAUACGAGCGGGUAGCGAUAUGGAUCACCGACAUGGAAAUCCCGAGGACUCACCUGGAGUACGAGAACCGGCUCACCAUGAAAAUGUUCCUCUUCCAGUUCGUCAAUUACUAUUCCUCCUGCUUCUACGUGGCUUUCUUCAAGGGCAAGUUUGUGGGCUACCCGGCCAAGUACACGUACAUGUUUAACCGCUACAGGAACGAGGAGUGCGAUCCAGCCGGGUGUCUGAUAGAACUGACCACGCAGCUCACCAUAGUCAUGGCCGGGAAGCAGAUUUGGGGGAAUAUACAGGAGGCGUUUGUUCCGUGGACGUGUAAUUGGUGGGGUCGGAGAAAAGCCCGGAACAAUCCCGAGGACCUGUACAGCAGGUGGGAGCAGGACUACGACUUGCAGACAUUCGGCCCUCUUGGCUUAUUCUACGAGUAUUUGGAAAUGGUUAUUCAGUUUGGGUUCAUCACAUUAUUUGUGGCCUCGUUCCCUCUGGCACCACUUCUUGCUCUUCUAAACAACAUCUUGGAGAUCCGUGUGGACUCGUGGAAGUUGACCACGCAGUUCAGGAGGCCGAUAGCCGCCAAAGCUCACAGCAUUGGAGUGUGGCAGGAGAUCCUGAAUGGCAUGGCGGUCCUGUCCGUGGUGACCAAUGCUUUCAUUGUCGCCUUCACAUCGGACAUGAUUCCGCGCCUGGUUUAUUAUUACGCCUACACCGAAAACGCCGGCUCCCCCAUGUCCGGCUACAUAAACAGCAGCCUCUCCUUCUUCAAUGUGUCGGAUUUUUCGGCUGAUCACAUGCCGCUGGAGAACGAGAUGAACGUCACCGUCUGCAGAUACAGAGAUUACCGAUACCCUCCAGACCACGAGAGACGGUAUCUGAACACCAUGCAGUUCUGGCACAUCCUCGCAGCCAAGAUGGCUUUUAUCAUCAUUAUGGAGCACGUCGUCUUCCUCGUUAAAUUCUUCGUUGCUUGGCUGAUUCCUGACGUCCCGUCGGAAGUGAAAGCGCGAAUAAAGCGUGAAAAGUAUCUGACCCAAAAAAUCCUCCAUGAGUAUGAACUUUGCAAAUGGAAGAAGAAGCUACAAGACGAAAACAACUGCGCCGAAGUGGCCAAACAGGUGUUCGCCUCGGAAGGGAAGGUUCAGCUGUCGGCCGUCAUGUAGCCCUCGGCAACGACAGCCAUAUUGCCAGAGGGGCAAGUAUUCUGUGCCCCAGACUAUAACCUCCUGAGUGGAAGGAACGAGUAUCGUCGCUGCACCCGGGUUAUGGAGGAUCUCCUCUCCCUAUACACACACACACACGCAUAUAUACC